AUGGCAAUUCCUCCUACGAAGGGACAUAAACAGGUACUAGAACAAUUAUGUGACACACUUGGAGAGGUAGAUAGGGUAGCGUUGCAAUCUGAUAUUGGCGCUAAUGUCUCUAAAUCAAAAAAACAUUGUGAGUCAGUCACAUGGAUUCAAGACCAUAGAGUGGAAGAAAUUAAUAAGCAAGUUGUUGCUUACGGAGAAGCUGUCAUGAUAUCUCUAAAUGAGACGGAUGUAUUGCAGUCUUCUUGGGAACACCAAAUGUUUUCUCACAGACCUACAAGACUACUAAGUAGAAGGAAACAGAGGAAGUGCUUUAAGUCUUGGAGAUUUAAAUUCAAACAGGUGAAAGAAGGAAAUAAGCAACAACACAAUCUCUUCCGACAAAUGGGUACUAUAACGAUCUUGUGGUGGUGGCUUCAAAAUGGAAGCAAGGUGCAGUGGCAUAUCUUGAUUGUCAAGAGGGUGAGUGAGAUUUUUGGGGAGUUAAAAAGGGUUCAGGCCAGCAAUGCAAUCAUCUAUGUUCUGUCCUAUGGCAAUCAUCAUUAUAAGUUGUCAUGGCAUUUCAAGCUCAUCUAUUGGCAGUUUCUGUAUUCUUUUAAGACUGAAUUAUAUGAAGAGGCUGUCACAGGAACUGAACACUUCCAACAUCAUGAGCAAGACAAGUUUUUAACGACUUGGUUGCUCAAGUUUGAUAAGUCAUGCGUUCAAGGGGAACUGAUUGCUUAUGAAGGGGAGAUUGUCGGAUUUUACACAACAAUUGGGGACAGAGACAUCUAUUUUUCUGUGUGGCAUUGUUGGAGAAAGAAGAAACUGCAUAUCAUUAACCUACAACAAUUGGCCACAGUUUUGCACAGCUAUGAGAAACCAAAACUAGGAGACUUCAGUCAAUCUUAUCUACUAGUUAUUAAUAAAAACAAAUUAUUUUUGAAAAUGAAAGAGAAUCGAACUUG